AUGAUCGUAGAUGUCUCUGAUACCAAAUUGAUAGGAUCUGAGAUCCUACCAGGCCGGUUACAAGAACUUCUGCGGCGUUUCAAAGGCGAGAUCCCAGCAGAGAUCAAGCUAGAAACCCGAAAGGGUGACAGUCACACUAUUGUGGUUGCCAGGAACCAACAAAAGCAUGUCUUUACAGUUGGUUGGAGACAAUUCGUUGAAAGCUAUGAUCUACAAAUGGGUGAUUCCGUAAUAUUAAAAUACAACGGAAACUCUCAGUUUAAUGUGAUAAUAUUUGAUAAGCUUGGUCAAGAGAAAGCAUUGUCGGUUCUUCUGGAUCCUUUUAUCACUCAGGUCCAAGACAGGCGCAGUGAUGCACAUGAAAUUGGGUUUUGCAUGGCUGUGCCUUCUGAAAGAUGCAAAGGCUAUCUUGAAUAUCACUAUAUGAACUUGGAUGAUGAAAAAAAAUAUUUGUCUACGCUUAUGAUGGGCGAUUUUCAACACAAGAUGAUCAUCCCAGAAGAAUUUGUUAAGCGUUUCAAGGGCGAGAUUCCAGGAGAGAUCACACUUGAAACAAAAAAUAAUUGCAGUUACAUAAUUGGAGUUGCCAAGCACCAAGAAAAGCUUGUCCUUACAGCUGGAUGGAACAAAUUCAGUCAAACCUUUGGUCUACUGAUGUAUGACACCAUAGUAUUCAGAUACAAAGGAAACUCCAAGUUUAGUGUCAUAAUCUUUGAUAAAUUUGGUUGUGAGAAUGCAUUGACAGUUGUUGUGGAUCCUUUUCUGGCUCCUCUUCAAGAAAGUCACACAAAUGCUACUGAAACACUGAACCCUUCUAAUAUUCAACCCCAAUCAGCCCAAAUGCAAUCACCUGUUGAAUCCAUGAACACUUCUCAUGUUCUUCUUCAACCCAUGGAAAUGCAGCCAUCUACUAGCACGGUGAAUGGGCUGCCAAUGGAGUCACCACAACUGGAAAUAAUGCAGCCCCGCCAAAUGGACAAGUCAUGUCAAGGCAACAUGGCCCCAAUAAAUAUUUCCUCUGAAUCAUCUGAAGAAUUUUUUUCGUCUGAAGAUGAAUAUGGAGUACAUGAUGUGCAUGGUUCCAAUUACAUUGUCAAAAAGAAGAGCAAGCUAUCUUCUUUUCAAAAGGAGCAGUUAAAGGGUGGUUACAUUACCACACAUAAGACCAAACUUACUUUGGUUCAGCAGGAGGCGGUGAAGCAGAAGGUCGAAUCUAUACACUCUGAGAUCCCUAUCGUUGUUGCUGUGAUGAGAAAGUCCAGCAUUGAAUCAAGUUUCUUUCUGACAUUCCCUAGCCACUAUGCUAAGGAAUAUCUUGCAGGGGGGCUUCACGUGUAUCUUCAGUAUCACGACGUGACAUGGGACUGCCGGUUUGGUGACACCCGUGGCGAUAAAAAGCUCUCCAUUGGAUGGAAAAAGUUUGCACAAGACAACGAUUUGAAGAUGGGUGAUAUCUGCCUCUUUGAGCUGUUGAGUAAUCAGAAGAGAACCAUGGAGGUCUAUAUCAUCCGUUUAAAUGAUGACAAUUGAUAAGUCAUACUGUUGUUGUUGCCGAGCUUGCUGACGGCGGUAGACUGGGAAUCGUUUGUGUUGGAGGCAGUGCUUUUGUUGUUGGUAGUGAA